CGCCGAGCCAAACGGCCAUCGUAUCUCUCUGACUCUCUCUCUCUCGUAUGGCUGCUGACGUCAGCUCUCUCGUUCAGAUUCUGAGAGGAUACAAGGACGACCGGACGGUGGUGAACGAUUCCGCCGGAGCGAAAACGACGGUCGGUCUCAUGACUCGUGAUCUCCUCGGCGGCGCUUGUGCCGGCGCUGGAGAUCAGUCAAUGGAGCUCGACCUUGACCUGCAAGUCCCCAACGGCUGGGAAAAGCGCCUAGACUUGAAGUCAGGGAAAGUGUAUCUAACACGUUGGGAUUCCACGAGCUCAUCGUCAUCAUCAUCAUCAUCAUCAUCGUUGACUCACACAGACUGGUCGAAUCAAAUAGUCGCGACGAGGUUUCAGGAUCUGAAUUUCCCUCCGACAUUUUCCGGGAAAUCUCCGUCGAAACAGCCCUUGCUAAACCUCUUCGACGACACGAGCCUGGAACUGAAGCUUGUGGCAUCGUCGCCGUUAUCGUCGUCUCUGUCGGUGUCGACAGCGAACUCGAGUUUUGAGAGCGUUUGCACACUCGACAAGGUGAAAUCGGCGCUCGAGAGGGCGGAGAAGAAACGCCAAUCGCCGUCUAACGAGAGCGACAAAGGCCCCGCGUCUGCGUCUCCGGUAGCGGCGGGAUGCCCAGGCUGCUUGUCGUACGUGUUGGUGAUGAAGAAUAAUCCGAAAUGCCCAAGGUGUAAUUCCUUCGUUCCUUUGCCUGCAAUAAAGAAGCCUAAGAUCGAUCUCAACAUGUCGAUAUGAUAACUAUGGGGCCAAUUGAAAAUAUAUUAUUUUGUUGGGUCUAAUUAUGUAAAUGAUAGAUAAAUCAGGGGUUUGUUUGGGGAAAGGAAAAGAAAAAAAGAGGAUAGAUGUUGGAGAAGGGUAUUUUUGUAAAUUCAUAGAUAAACCGAAUGUUUCUUCGUACUUGGUUCUCUGAUAAUUAUAGUUUCAUUUAUUUUCAGUUUUA